AAGUUUUUUAUAUCUGUAGUUUUUAUAUACCUUUUCAUGCAAUAUUGUUGCAUAACUGGUAGUGUAAUGUUCAGUAACAUGGCUGCAGUACAGGCUAGUACCCUCCUCCUCGCGGAACGCACGAGGCCUCGAAUGCGGACCUGGGGCGUCAUUUUCCAUUCUCCCACCAGUGCAGCUCUCAACUUUAUGACAGUGGUAGGCUGUUUCUGGCGGCUAUGAAGUCAUCUGCCCAGUUCACCCCAGCGUCAGUUUAUUGCCAAGCAAGAAAGAAAUUCGUAUGUCCAGCGAACUCGUCAAAGAGCCCUUUCUGUCCCCAACCCGGACAACCGGAUGAUUACACACACUGCUCCCCGGACGGAUGCGAUAAAGGGCGUGGCGAGCACCACUGUGGGGACGGUUACGAGAAGAACUUUUACUGCCCCCGCCCCAACCAAACCGUGUUCGAUACCAUAUGCUGUAAGGACGCCAACAGAGAAGAUGCCUGCUGCUCGGCCGAGGGUUUAGCAGAGUGGGCCAUUAUAGUCAUAGCAGUGGUGUGUGUGUUGGUGUUCCUUUUAUGCGUGUGUUGUAUAUGCUGCUGCUGCUGCGCGUGUUGCCCGUGCCAUCACACCCGACGUAGCGAAUAUGUCAUCUUUCGGAAUACGUAGGACAACGGCGGCUGCGGAUGUCUUUUAAUGACCUACAUGCACAAUGCUACAGUUAUAUUAUGCUGUUCUAUAACUUCAGAUGAGGAUUAUUACUUUAUGAAUUUACGUAUAAUAGCAGAUUCGCCUACAUGCACUGAACAAUAUAAGUGUCACCCCUACUAAAUACUUUGGGGGAGAUAAAUGACUGUGGAAUUAUAUGCUCCUGGUAUCAUUUUAC